AUGAGUGGAACCAAAAUCGAAACAUGCCCCAUGGGCUACCAUCGAAUCGAGAACAUUCACAACGGCAAAGUAGCCAGCGGUACGAUCAAAGCUGGUGGACAGGACAAAAAGGCUCCUGGCACAUACAUCAAAUGGGAUGCGCCAGGUGUUGAAAUCAUCCCAGAUGAUGAAGAAGAGAAGAUUAAGGAGGUGUCUGCUCAGUUCAAUCGUUUUCAGAUGAUGAACUUCAAUGAGCAUAUGCAUUGUUUGAGAGGCACACAUCUGAAGACUCAGGGUUGCGUUAUGGGCAAAUUCACCGUCCAUGACGACCUCCCGGAGCACCUCGCCCAAGGCAUGUUCGCCAAACCUGGCACCUACGAUGUAAUCAUGCGCUACUCGUCUCUGACACCCAAGAUCUUACCCGACAACCUGGCAGCACCGCGCGGCAUUGGCAUGAAGGUCUUCGGCAUCGAGGGUGAGAAGAUCUGGGGAGAAGACAAGAAGACGCAAGACUGGACCUUCAACAACUACCCAGUCCUAGAACUGCGUGAUCCCCAAACCACAUAUGACAUCGCCGACGCAUUGGAAAGGAACUGGAACGACCUUCCCAAAUUUGCAGACGAGCAGAGCAAGAGAGUAGACGCUGAUGUCGCAACACUUGGAGGACAAUUACCAAAGCAGCACAUGGUCGCCAUGCCCGAGUACUCCCAAUCAGCUUACCGCCACGGCGCCUACGUAGCCAAGUACGGCGUCUUCCCUGCUAGCAAAUUCCAAAAGGACUUAGAGCACACCGAAGUCAAGGACUCAGACCCCAUCAAUAUCCUCUCCCAAACCCUCCGUACACACCACCUCAAUAACACCAUAACCUACAGCUUUUGCGCACAACUCCUCCAGGACCUCACAGAACAACCCGUCGACGACAUCGGCAUUGAAUGGGAUCCAAAGAAGUAUCCGUUCGAGCAAAUCGCCACUAUCGAAUUUGCGCCGCAGGACUCGUGGCUACCAGAGUUUAGGACAUGGUGGGAUGAUCGCAUUACGGUGAAUAGUUGGCAUGGGUUGAAGGAGCACCAGCCGCUAGGAAGCACGAAUAGGAUGCGCAGGGUUGUUUAUGCGGAGAGCAGGAAGUUGAGACUGAGGGUUAAUGGGUAUAAAGAGGAGAAUUACGUGGAGCCGGAGGGGCUGGGCGAUGUUCCAGGGAAGGGGCUGGAGGCGCCGCAGUUGAAUUUGAAGUAUCAGAGUGCUGUUACUACUGCCGAGGUGGCAUGA